AUGGAUAUUAAUUGUGCUAUUGAUUGUAAUUAUAAUACAAUCACUACAACAACUACUAAUACACCUAUUUAUGCAAAUAAUAGUUGUUAUAAUAAUAAUAAUAAAUCAGAUAUUGUGUCAAAAGUGGAGACAUUUGAUGAUCUGGUGAAAGCCUUGCGUGAAGUCUUUACCGUCGAUACCGUUGAUGUCGAUUAUGUCCACAAUCUGUUGAUGUCAUAUAAGAGUAAUCCACAGGAGUGGCGAAAAUACGCGCAUUUUGACAAAAAUAGAUAUACCCGUAAUUUGGUGGAUAAGGGUAAUGGCAAAUACAAUCUGAUGCUAUUGUGUUGGUCUGAGGGACAGUCGUCCAGUAUUCACGACCACUCAGACUCACACUGUUUUAUGAAGAUGCUAUCGGGAAGUCUACAUGAGAUACGUUAUGAAUGGCCGGAAAAUACUACCAAUGAUAGCGACACUACUACUACUAGUAGUAAUAAUAAUACUAUUGUUAUGAAUAAUAAUAGCGGAGAUGAUAGCUAUGAGAUGAAAGUACUUGAAGAGAAUAUACUGAAAACCAAUGGUGUGGCCUAUAUUAACGAUUCAAUUGGUUUGCAUCGGGUAGAGAAUCGUUCGCACACUGGACCGGCCGUAUCGAUGCAUCUGUAUAUACCUCCCUAUUCCAAGUGCCAGACAUUUGAUGAGAGGACCGGUUCACGUAAUAUAUCGCGCGUUACGUUCUAUAGUAAAUACGGCGCCCGAACUCCCUAUAGAGUGACCAAUUGUUUAGUGGAUAAAACGGCAAAUCAAUAAAUAUCAACAAUUAAUCAAAAUAUUAAUUAUAAAAAACAAAUAAUAAUUUUUCAAAAGAGAAACUAAUUUUUUUCAAUUAUAACAAAUAAUAUU